CCAAGCAUUUUUUUUGGACCACAAAUUUGCACUCCUUUAUGCUACAGAGAGAGAGGUGCUGUGAACUGCAUCUCUCUCUCUCUCUCUCUCUCCUGCUGGAAAUGGCAACUCUGCACUCUCUUGCAUUGUCCUCUCCACUCUCCAACUCACUUCAGAAGCCACGCUCAUGUGCAGUCCCAUCUUCAAUUGUUCAUCAAAGUACAAACUCUUCAUUCAAUGGUCAAACAUUACACCUGCCGUGUUUAAGGUUACCUGUGCUAAGACAAAAUACUCCCAUGCACAUGCCUGUUAUCAUGAUGGUCAAACCAAAAAUACAGUUCAUCCAGGGAACUGAUGAACAAACAAUACCCGAUGUGAGGCUGACCAAAUCAAGGGAUGGAACAAAUGGCAUGGCUAUCUUCACAUUUGAUCAACCCUCAGUUUUCGAUUCUUCGGGUGAAAUAGGCGAUAUCACUGGAUUUUAUAUGAUUGAUGAGGAAGGGGUCCUUCAGUCAGUUGAUGUAAGUGCUAAAUUUGUCAAUGGGAAGCCCUCAAUAAUUGAAGCCAAGUAUGUAAUGCGGAGUCCACGGGACUGGGAUAGAUUCAUGAGAUUCAUGGAGCGAUACUCAAAUGCAAAUGGUUUGCAAUUCAUCAAAAAAUGAGUUAAUGUGCUAACUCUGCCCUUCUAUUCUUUUGCCCUUUUUCAGGAAGUUUGUGUUCUACGAUAUAGUCACAUAUAAAACCUGAGUGAAAUGCUAUAUUGGCGUACAUGUAACUUCAAUUCACAUACUCAUGCAUUUUCUGACACCCCAAGAUUUUAUGAAAUUUUGCUUGUCCUGCUGCUGUUUCGCUAUCAUGUAACUGUUUUCUUAUAGACAAGUUGGAAAGCUCAUCACGAAAUGACUUCCUUCUAUUAUGUUUUGAAUAAGCAAAAAACUGUCAGGAAAUAUAGUACACCCAACACGCUGCAUAUUAAUAUUUUAGUAUGUUUUGUUUCC